GACAGACCAAACUGGUGGUGUUGGGGAAGAAGGUGGAGACAUCUGGGCGGUACGGUACUUGAGGCAGCAAAGCAGGUGAGGAAGAUGGCGCAGCCUACAAGUCUGAUCCUGUGUGUUGUUGGCGUUGUGUUUGCUGCCCCAUUUCAGGUCUCAGCAGGCAUUUCAGCUAACAUUCAACAGUCUGCCAUCUCACAUGACUUUUACAUCUACAUGGAGUUCAACACCCCACCUUUUGAAGAAUCACUCCUUGAUCCUUCUUCAGACUACUAUAAAAGCCUGAAGUCUGAUUUUGUGCAGUUGAUGGAAGAUGUAUACUGGUGCCCUGAUUGUCCCACAAAAUCUUUCUAUGGCGGAGCCACAGACGUUACCUUCAGCAAAUCUGGGUUGUCAACAGUUGUUAGAAUGACGCUUGGAUUUCGCACACAAACCAUAAAUAGCAUUCUGGUCAAAUUCGUCUUCAUUGAUGCCUUUGUACAGUCUCCAAAGAAACCUAACAUUCAGAACAUAAGAGUUGAGCGUGUGGACCAGAGCCCAACAGCCUAAUCAUGGACUUCCCUGAUGCCAGCAACAGCCACACAUUCAAACCAGCCGAGUGUGCUGUACUCAAACCAAACUAGAGGGUUCUGUAUGGUGUGUUUCUAGAACUGGAUCCAUUAAGUUGUUGUUUAGCAAUAGAUAUAUGCAUGGACUUAUAGAUUGAUAGGUAGAUAGAUAAAUAAUGAAUUGAUUGAUAAAAAUAUCUGACCAUUGUAAUGUAAUAUAUAGCAUGUCUUUCCCUGAAAGCCUCUUUAAACCCCUUUUUACAACUGGCAACUAUAAAGGCCGAAUGUAACCCCUAUAUUGAACGUACACGUGAUCCAGUAUCAUAAUGGCUAUAACCAAAACCUUGCCACCACAAUGUAGGCACUAUAUCCUCUUGUACUAUUACUAUUGACUGAAGCAGUGGUAAUUCCU